AUGCUUAUCUACAAGGAUGUUAUCACCGGAGACGAGAUGAUCUCGGACUCCUACGACCUCAAGGUCACCGACAACGUCAUCUACGAGGCCGACUGCGCCCGUAUCACCGUUGGUGGUGACAACAUCGACAUCGGUGCCAACCCCUCCGCUGAGGAUGGUGGUGAUGAGGGUGCUGAGGAUGCCACCUCCACCGUCAUCAACGUUGUCCACUCUUUCCGCCUCAACGAGACCUCCUUUGACAAGAAGUCCUACCUCGGCCACCUCAAGCAGUACAUGAAGAAGGUCAAGGAGAGCAUGAAGGAGCGCAACGCUUCCGACGAGGAGAUCAAGGAGUUCGAGACUGGUGCCCAGACCUUCGCCAAGAAGGUUGUCGGCUCCUUCAAGGACUGGGAGUUCUUCACCGGCGAAUCCAUGGACCCCGACGGCAUGGUCGUCCUCCUCAACUACCGCGAGGAUGGCAGGAAGCACGGUAUGACCGAGAUGAAGGUUUAA